UGGGAUAGGCCCCGGCACGCCCGUGACCCUUGUGAGGCUAAAGCGGUACAGAAAAUGAACAAUUGCAUGUCUUUACCGUUAUUAUGAAUGUAUAAAGGCAAUAGUGCAAUGAGUAGUUAGGAUCGUUUAUACACUUGUAUCAAGAGAGUUUGAAGGGCAACAAAUGUACAGUAAAUUGUGCAACUCACACGACGGUUGCUAUGAACCUGUUUAUUUCUUUAACGUUAUGCACUUUCGUCUUCACCGUUUUGCAAGAAGUGUAUUUCAGUGGGCCACCACCAUUUGCUCUGUAAAUGGAUUCUAUCAACAAAACCGUAAAGUAUAAUGCUGAUUUUGAGAGUGUUACAAAAGCAAGGUCAUGUGUGUGUGUGUGUGUGUGUGUGUGUGUGUGUGUGCGCGUUUGUGUCAUGUAAUAUUUCAACCAGGAUUAAUGGAGGAUGGUGGCACGCCAACGGGCUGUUUUGGUGUGACACUGCAGAGCCAACCGCAUAUAAGUGAGUGUGCUUGCGAGUGAGAGUGAAUUGGAGAGUGUUGAAGCGUGCAUGAGCGUGAGAGGGUGAAGGUGAGAGUGUGACAAGUGGCAUGAAAAUUCUUUGCAUGAGAGUUAGGGGGCCAAUGAGACAGCUGGUGUGAUUGUUAGUGUAUUAGAAAGUGACAAAAAAUGAAUAUGAGAUCCAGAGAGUGAAGUUAGAGUGAUUCUGAUCAUUUAUCGUAGAGGGUGUCCAAGCGAGCAUAAGAGUGAGAAUGAGACAGGCGGUGUGAUUGUGAGUGAGAGUUCCUUAGAGGGGAUUUAAUAUUGCAUGAGCGUGAGAGAGUGAAGAUGAGAGUGUGGUGUGAUAGCGGGCGAGAGUGUAUCGGAGAGUGUGUAAAAGUGAUCGUGAGAGUAACAGAGUGAAGGCGAGGCCAAGACAGAGUGAUUGAAGGUGAUCAAGAUAAAGUGUUUGAAAGAAUGCAUGAUUGUGAGAGAGUGAAGGUGAGAGUGAGACACCUGUUAUGACAGUGAUAUUGCGAGUGAGAGUGUUCGAAAGUGUGUCGAAGGGAGCAGUACACAGAGUCAAAGCAAGGAAGAGUGAAUCUGACAGUGUCGAAUGCAGCUUGAGAGUGAGAGAGUGAACGUGAGACAGUGACAGAAAGCGGUGGACGUGAGAGAGUGAGAUGUGUGGUGAGCAUCGGAUGACAGUGAGAGAAUUGGUGUGACUGUGCGAUGGCGAGUGUAUGGGAGAGUGAUCAUGUCAAAGUGAGCACGAGCACCAGUGACAGAAUGAACGUGAGCGUGAGACUGAGCGUGACUGAAGUGAGAGAGUGAGGCAGUUGUCACGAAAGCGAGGAAAGCGUGUAAGAAGGCGCACACGAGAGUGAAUUUGAGAGUGCUACAAAGCGAGUAAGAAUUGAACAGACACGCAUACACGCAUGCAAAGAGAGCGAUGUGGGGCAGGAGUAAAUCUCUCGGCUGGCCUGAAUCCUGAUAUUGGGUCGCAUGCAUGUGUGCACACGUGAGUCCCCACCCCUCCCAGACCCAUUACACUAACCCUCCCACCCCGCCGCCGCCGCCGCCGACCCUGUUUGCCUCUCAAAGUUGCGUCCGCGAGCGGGACCCGAUCACAUCUUCAUCUGGGCAGCAUGCGCAGCCUCCUGGAGAGCAGCUGGCGGCGCUUCGGCCCGGCGGGGCGCGGAUCCUACGACUGGGCGACGCCACUGCCCUCCGCGCACGAGCAACAGGGCUUCAACUGGAAUGACCUGGGAGAGGACAGGAAGUUUGAGCUGCUGGUGUACGUGGUCCUCCCAGCGGUGUCGGUCCUGCUGCUUGUCCUGGUGGCGGUCUUGGUCUCCCGCCGCUGCUCCGCCUCGGCCUCCAAGCUGGGCCUGACCAACGUGAUUGCGCUGGACCUGCAGGACGCCGAGAGCGGCGCCGAAUUGCUGUCAUCGCUGACCCGCAAUGCAGAACGCCACGCCAGCACCAGCUCGACGGGCUCAGACGGGGUCUUCGUCAUGGUCUACCUGCCGCCCCCCUACGAGGAGACCCUCACCAAGAUCAGCAGGGCCGCCAGCCUCGGCAGCUCCAAGGACGCCGAGUCCAUCAAGAUUGAGGAUCUGGAGGCCAAGCUGUGCCCGGAGGUCAGGUCCAGUGGUCGCUACGUGUGACAAGACUCUCCUGAUCAUUCCACAUCUCGGCUUUUGUUUUGAAGUCAGUUCCUCGCAAUAAUCCACAGAACACUUGUAAAUACAGUGGUACCUUGACUUACGAGUUUAAUUUGUUCCGUGACCAAGCUCGUAACUCAAUUUACUCCAAUGCAUUUUCCCCAUUGAAAUGAAUUGAGCUAUAUGCUAUGAUGUCAUGCCAUGACAUCACAAUAUUAACAUAGCAGACACCUGCCUAGCGCCUACACACUCAUCAGGAUUUGUGCCUCCAAAUGUUCAACUGGACCGGACCAGUGACCAGUAAUGACUGGAUCAUGAGCUUCUACUUCUUCUUACUUCCUGCGAUGUCAGCUUGUUUGUGAUGUUCUACUGCCCCCUGCUGCCCAACGGUCAAUAAAGAAAGUUGAA